ACCGAACGACUGAACGACUGAUUCAGCGCGACAACAUUCACCCAUCGCUUUUCGAACGGCACUCGGAAAGCGACUUGAGAGGGACAUUCGCAAUCAUGGCUGACAUCGAAUACAACGCCGACGAGGCUGCUGAGCUUAAGAAAAAGAGAGCGUUUCGCAAGUUUUCUUACCGGGGAAUCGACCUCAACCAACUCCUUGACCUCUCCUCCGAGCAGCUACGCGAUGUCGUCCACGCCCGUGCCCGCCGCCGGUUCAAUCGUGGCCUAAAGCGCAAGCCCAUGGGCCUGAUCAAGAAGCUCCGCAAAGCCAAGCAAGAGGCCAAGCCCAACGAGAAGCCCGACCUUGUCAAGACUCACCUCCGUGACAUGAUCGUGGUCCCAGAAAUGAUUGGCAGCAUCAUCGGUAUCUACUCCGGAAAAGAAUUCAACCAGGUGGAAAUCAAGCCUGAGAUGGUUGGCCACUAUCUUGGUGAAUUCUCGAUCUCAUACAAACCCGUCAAGCACGGCAGACCGGGUAUUGGUGCUACUCACUCCUCGCGUUUCAUUCCCCUUAAAUAAACUAAAAACAAUCAAAUAUGUUUUUCUUUCGUCGCUACUCGGGUCAGGGUUUCCAUUGUUUUUAGCUUUGUUUUUGGUAAUCUUCAUAUCUGCGGGCUAUGGAGAGGGUUAUAUUUGCUCAAACAGACGCAUCAAAUUCCCACUCUCUGUUUUUUUAGCUAAAAAAACGUUUUAUAUGAUGAUAGCUGAAAACUAAUGUCAUGUCCCUAUCUAAAAUGAUUCCC